CUUCUAUGGCCCAACGCGAGACAGCAGGAGGAGUCCCUGGUAUGUCAAAAAGCGAUUCUGAGGGUCUCUCUGAUGAGGCAUCAGAUGAUCUCAGUGAAGAUGAAGGCGUUAGCUGGAUUGAGUGGUUCUGUCGCUGCAAGGGCAAUGAGUACUUCGUAGAAGUAGAUGAGGACUAUGUACUGGAUGAUUUCAAUCUCACUGGUUUGCGGGAUAUAGUUCCUUAUUAUGACCACGCCCUCAACGUCAUCCUAGACGCUGAGGAUGAGGAACUGGAUAGCGGCGAGUUGGAUCACUCAAAAGAAGAUGCAAUAGAAAGUGCGGCCCAGAUGUUGUAUGGGCUCAUUCAUGCCAGGUUCUUAUUGACUAGUCGAGGUAUGCAGGCUAUGUUGGAUAAGUACUCGGCUUUUACGUACGGGUUAUGCCCGAAUGCGGACUGUGAAGAGGCGAAGCAGCCGGUCCUGCCCUAUGGUAAUGAUCGGCCCGGUCAGUGUGGUACAAAAGUCUUCUGUCCACGGUGUAAUGAGAUUUACUACCCUCGAUCAGCGAGGUUGGAGAUCAUUGACGGCGCCUAUUUUGCUAGCUCGUUCUGUCAUAUGUUCCUCAUGGCAUAUCCCCAUCUGCGGCCCACAUCGCCGGCCGUGCCAUUCGAACCAACGGUAUACGGUUUCAAGAUCCAUUAUAGUGUUCGAGACGGCGUGAGAAAGCAGUUUCAAGUUCGACAGCAAAGACUUCAAGAACAGCAGCAGCAGCAACAACAGCAGCGAGAAGAGGAGGAGGAUCUGAAAGCCCAGCAGCAUGCUGCUAGUGUUUGACCUUGGUCGGUGACAGUAGCGAGGCCUGGCGGCCUAUACACAACGUAUCACUACCAACUAUUGAGUGACAACGC